GGGCGGAGCGGGCCCGGGGCCGGGGCCGGGCGGGCGAUGGCGGCGGCGGCGCUGCCCGCGGCCCGCCUGGAGAGCCUGCGGGCGCUGUCGGCUCUGUUCCGGGAGGCGCAGCCCAGAGAAACAGCAGAAGAAAGUGUAUUUCGGAAUGUCCUGGAAAUCCUGACAAGCACCUCGAGUGCCAUUGAGCAGACCUGUAAGGACUCCUGUGGACUGGCAGAUCUGGAUACCUGCCUGCUGCUCAUAGCAGAGUGCUUCAGAUGUCUGAGGAAUGCCUGUGUUGAGUGUGCCAAGAAUCAACAUGUCAUGAGGAACUUGGGUCUCAUCUCUACAUCUGUCCAUUUGAUAAAGUUGCUUCAUGGAAUACAAAUAAAAGAAGAAUUGUUACUGACUGCUCUUCGUUGUAGUCUCCAGUUUCUUGGAAACAUUGCAGCAGGAAAUGGAGAUUCCCAGAAUAGCAUUUGGAAGUGUGCUUUCCCAGAUCUGUUCUUGACAUGCCUGACAUACAGUGAUGAGAAAAUUGUCACCUAUUGCUGCAUGGUCCUGUUCACCUGCCUGAAUUCAGAGCGAGUGAGAGAACUCCUGGAUCCAGGGAACUUGACUGUGGCGCUUCAUGUCCUGAGAGCCUACAAAGAACAGUUGGAUUCUGAGUGGUCGUUCCUGAUUGUUACAGAACAUUUGCUGAAAUGUCCAGAGCUGGUAAAAGCCCUCUAUGCCAAACUGAGCAAUCAAGAAAGAAUUACUUUGUUAGAGCUGAUGAUGGUGAAAGUAAGUGACAAGAACUCAGUUAGCAGUGAAGAAAUGAAUGUGUUUGUCAGACACGCUGACUUCCUUGCAGUCUGUUUCCAAGAGAAAUGUGGAGCUGUGCUCAAGUUAACUGCUGCAGCAGACGCAGAAGAUGAGGAAGCACUGGUGACAAUUCGUCUUCUCGAUGUUCUUUGUGAAAUGACCUCAAACAACAGCCAGCUGGAGCAUCUGCAGGCAUUCCCUGGUUUGCUUGAAACAGCUGUAGAUACCCUGAGAUUAACUCACCUUGCUGGGAAACAGGCUGUAAAUAUUUUCACUGCCACACAUGCUGUGACAGGGCAGGAAGAAAUUUCACAUCCAGCUGUGGGUUUCAAAUCUCAUCUCAUUCGUUUGAUUGGAAAUCUGUGUUACAAGAAUAAGAAAAACCAAGACAAGGUGUAUGACAUGGAUGGCAUUUCCUUGAUUCUGGACAAUUGCAGCAUUGAUGACAACAAUCCUUUUGUGAGCCAGUGGGCAGUUUAUGCGAUCCGGAAUCUCACUGAACAGAACGAGCAGAACCAGGCGCUGAUUGCACAGAUGGAGCAGAAGGGGCUGGCGGACAGCUCUGCCCUCGAGAGGAUGGGCUUGGAGAUACAGCAACGAGAUGACAAGUUAAUUCUGCGGUCAGUCAGGAAAAAACCCUCCUGAGCAAAAAUACUAGCAGUAGUCAAGUCAUCAAAAAUGUGUUUCUCUUGUAAAAUAUUUUCCCUUGCUCAGCAACCAGUUUUUUCAGUUCUAAUGCCGGUCUGUUGAAAUUACUGUGUUUGUUCACAGAAAAAGUGCCAGAUGAUGCUUCUGCCUCCCUUUGCUGUAAACAAAAGGUCACCUGUGUAUUUUCUAUGUACCUGGGUAAAUCAGCUUGUGAAAAAAUGUCCUUCUUGUCAGUUGGUUGGAAUUUUAUUACUUCUUUUUUCAUCAGUAGAAGAAUGUCAUACGUGCAGUAUCAACUUGUUAUAAUUUCCUUUGCUGAACCUGGAGAUAACUAUCAUUUUAAAAACUUUAGAAAGAAAGAGCUCCUUUGCAGGCUGCCUUCUUCAUGUAAAAGAUCUGUGCUGAGUCAAGGCUAAACAAGCAAAGUUACUAAUUUUCAAUUGUGGGACCUAAAUAUCUCUAUUUAUAUAGGCAUCAAAGUUAAAGUUAUAAAUUAAAUAUUUAGUGAAUUAAACACAACGUGUCUUUUGUGUAUUUAAGUAUUAGUAAACUGUCUUUUCUACCUUGAUACCUAUCAUUCUUCAUGACAAGUAUAUUAAAACCAAAGCUGAAGCUGUUGUGGCAACAGAUGCUGCAUUCCUUUGCACUGGGGCAUGUCUCUGUUUUGGAGACUCGGGUGUUUGUUUGAAUUUUAUUUGUUCCUUUGGAGGGUAAGUCAGCCCACUUUCCUUUUAUUUUGCACUUCUCAUGGGUUUUCUGAACUUUGGCAGACUGCUGAAGAGGUAGUUUCUCACUGUGAUUAAUUCUAGCAGUUUCUUUUCACCCCUCUGCCUUUCCAAAACAUUGACAAAACUCAUUUCCAGUUAAUUAAUUCAAGAGAGGCAGAAGAAUAGAAGGCCCUGCCUCUUCAUUUUGGGUACCCUCCUAUAUUGUUGUUGGACCCUGCCACUGUGGAAUGUGGCAUGAAUGAGAUGAGGGAGAAGGGGGGUGAAGCUGGGGGGCAGGGGGAGGAGGGCACAAUUAACUCUGUGCAUGCCAUAGCUUUGCCCUAGAAGCCAAAAAAUGUAAUCCUCCCUGCACAAGCAAAACUGGAAUUAUAGCUUAAUAUUGCUGGUACUUCUGUAUGGUUACUGUUGUUGGAUUAUCUUCAGCCGCCUCUUAACUCAGAGGUCUCAGAAAAAUUAACAUGCUCAUAUUCUUGUUGGCAUUUAAUCUCAUUCAUAAAUAGAAAGGCAAGUUCAUGUCCUUAAACUCCACAUUAUGUGGAACAAACCUUCAUCCAUGUGCAUGAGCUUUUGCUCCUUCAAUUGAAUUUUUUGUUUAAAAAUGGAAAAAAGUACACAUUGCUUUGAGCUCUGAGAAACACAUCAUACUAUUUAAAUCUGAUGGUAAGUAGAGCUGGACCACUGAGGGCAUUUCAAGUUAACAGAAAGAUGUUGAUGUCUGCCAUGUCAACCUGGUGGGACUAAGGAGUUGACCUGGUGGGAUUUUAGACACCUGUUGGUUUUAAAGUCAAGGAUACAAAACUCAUGUCUACAGCCAUUUAUUAAAUAAAUAAUGUCCAGAAAAGGAUAAUGGCAAUAGCAACAAAGACUCUAACUCUUAUUUCUUUUAGUGCCUUUUUACUUGAAAAAUAAAUAGAGGAUAAAAGUGUUCUUUGCUUUAGCAAAGAGUAAAUAUGAAUAUAAGCAAAUUGAUUUGUUUGCUUUUAAAAAAUAAUUUGACAGGAAUAUUUUGUUGAGUAUUAAAAAUUGUGUUCAGGUGCUGUUGGAUACAGGUAGAUGCCUUUUGCUGGCUGAAAUGAAAUUUGAUUGUGGUACUUCUUGA